GUCUGUGCCGCGUGCGCGCCGGCAUUCAGCGUCGCGACGCCGCCAUGAACACAUCGUACGCGCCACACCUCUUCCUACCGGGCGAGCCGCCGGCGGGGGUGCUCAAGGGCGCCGCCGCCAUGUUCUACGUCGUCGACCCCGCCGAGACGACGUUUCAGGACGCCGACGACGUCCCCAAUUUCUUCAGACAGGCGUGGCCGUACUUCGUGGCUUUCAUGCUGCUGGAGAACCUGCUGUUGUGGCUGGAGGGGCGGCCGACGGCGCGGCUCAACGACAGCCUCACCUCCAUCUCGCACGGACUCUUCCAGGAGUGUGGCAGGCUGGUGUUCCGCGGAGCCGAGCACUGGGCGUACGUGAGCCUGUACGAGCGCUGGCGCCUGCUGGACCUGCCGUGGGACUCCCCGGCCACGUGGUACCUGGCGCUCGUCGGCGUCGACUUCUGCUACUACUGGGUGCACCGCGCCUGCCACGAGGUGCAUAUCCUGUGGGCGCAGCAUCAGGUGCACCACAGCUCCGAGGAGUACAACCUGGCCGUGGGGCUGCGGCAGUCGCUGCUGCAGGGCUGGUGCGGCUUCGUGUUCUACCUGCCGCUUGCGCUGGCCAUCCCGCCGUCGCACUUUCUGGUGCACCAGCAGUUCAACCUGCUGUACCAGUUCUGGAUCCACACGCAGGCGGUCACCACGCUGGGCCCCCUGGAGUGGGUGCUCAACACGCCGAAGCACCACCGCGUCCACCACGGUUGCAACUUGUACUGCCUGGACAAGAACUACGGCGGUUUCCUGAUCGUGUGGGACCGGCUGUUCGGCACUUUCGCUGAGGAAAGGAAGGGCGAGGAGAUCGUCUACGGCCUCGUCUUCAACCAGCCCUCCUUCAACCCCCUCUACCUGCAGGUGUUCUACAACCAGCACGUGGUGGACAAGUGGCGUGCCAUGGACAGCUGGUGGGACAAGCUGGCAGCCGUGUGGAAGGGGCCCAGCUGGCAGCCGGGAAAGCCCCGCCUGGGGCUCGACGAGGACAAGCUGGACAUCCGCAGCCGGGAGAAGUACGACGUGCGGCUUCCACUGUGGUGCAAUGCCUACCUGCUGUUGCACUUCUGCGUCGUCGUCUACGGCUUCCAGGAGCUGGCCGCUAGGCACAUGGGUAUGAGUCCCGCAGUCGUGCUGUUGUUUGUGGUGUACGUGCUCGCAUCACUCACCGCUAUCGGGCUGCUGUUUGACAACAGCCCACAUGCGAGCUUGCUGGAGCUGGUACGCUGCCUCGCCUUCUUGGCUUACGUCCAGGGCUCGGGGCUGCACGUGACUGGCGGACCUCGUGUCUCAGUCCUGCAGUCCUUCUUUCUACUUUCGUCCUGCUUCUGGCUGCUCAAGGGCUUGCGCGUGCUGCACAUCGAGAGCAAGGCGCAGUGAGCUAUCUCUAGCACAUGCAGUGCCUGCUCGUCCGCUGUCAAGAGUGCUCCGGCACCUACCUUAGUGUAGUGUAGUAUAAUAUCGAUGCCUGUCGUGCUGCUGCUGAGAGGUACAGCUCCGGACCGACAGUGGUACGGCAACUGCCUUCCACCUGUGAUACUUUACAUCACAACAUGGCACCCCACAGCUCUUGUGGCAAGUAAUGAAGAAAGGUUUAAAACUGUGUGCUGGACAGGGACUUCAACUCGGGCCAUUUUGCAGGCAGCUAAGCUACCUGGGCACACGCCACGUUUGCAACUUGUAUUCUUCCAGCACUUCUCUUACCUUAAAAUUGAUAACGAGUCCAUAAUGAUUUUAUGCGGCACAGAGACAGUGAUACAUUUUAUGAACAAAAGUCCAUCGCCUGCCUGUAUUUCAGUGUUCCAGGCUUUAAUAAGUGUUUCACAGUGAAAUCCCCUUCAUCAGUGUUUCCAAAAUUCACUUGAAGUUUUUCAUUGUAAGCUGGCAGAUGUUAUUUGAAUAAAAUAUAUAUUACAACAACUGUACAUAAUAACAACAUAUGAGGAGACGUCCUAAGUAUCAGUGCAUCUCACUGCUAAGUGAAGAGUGGGUCCAAUUUCUGAUACAGCCAGGAAUUAUUUCCUUAGUGAGAGGACCAGUGCACUCACUGUGGGGGCAUCUGAGGAGCUAUUCGAAGAAGAAGUAGCGACUUCAAGGUCUCUACUCCACUUCGUUCAAAUGGCUCUGAGCACUAUGGGACUUACUAUCUGAGGUCAUCAGUUCCCUAGAACUACUUAAACCUAACUAAACUAAGGACAUCACACACAUCCAUGCCCAAGGCAGGAUUCGAACCUGCGACCAUAGCAGUCGGGCUGUUCCGGACUGAAGCACCUAGAACCCCUCGGCCACUGCGGCUGGCUCUACUCCACUUGUCUGUGUUAAAUGGGUGCUGUGAGCUGAGACAAAAACCCAGAAACAUGCCCACACCUCUCUUACCUCCCUGCCACACAAGCUGAUACGGUACAUACACAGCUAACCUAGACUGUGACUGCUACUGUUGCCCUGUAAUUGUGCUGGAUUUCACAGACUUUACCUAGCCAAUGAGCAAAAACUGAUCCAAGCAGCUCCGCAGUUUGCCCCUAGAGCACACAGUGAGUUGCCCAGAACUGGCAGGCAAUAUAUUUGGAGACUAUUUUGACUGCAAUCCUUGCUAUGUAAACAUUACAGCAUACAAUGUAAUAUGUAAUAAUUUGAGCUUAUUUCUAAUCAGGGUAACUUUUUUUUAAAGAAAUGUUUUUGUAAAUAUAUUAUAAUAAAGUGCUGCAAUACCUGGACAGUAUUCUUAUGGAACAGAGCUUCUUAAAAGAUAUGUGGCUAUAUCACAUUAAUGUUAUUUCUGUGGGUCCUUCUACACUGAGCUACUAAUCAAUAUCUUCUGAUCAUUAGAGGUGAAUGUUCAUUUUGUUACUUAAAAUAGUUACGGUGCUGUCCAGAAGAAUUUCAUUGCUGUCUGAAUGUACAUGAUCUUUUCUCUACAUGUUUACAAGGGUGAAAGAGUAAAAGUGCCAUGCCGCUCAUGCUUGCGAAGUAAACUGUAGGUCUGUAAACAUUGCAAGACCUGAUACAUGUACUGGAACAUAUAACUACAUAAUAGCAACUUAUACUGAUUAAAACAAGAUAGUAAUAUCUUCUGCUCAAUACAACUCUUAACACCCAAACUUUGACUGACUAGUAUUUUAGAGUGCCUGCCACAGCAGUGUGCAAGCAUGGGUUGCCUUAGUGUUAAUUUUCAAACAAUUUAGCUACAGUAAGAAUCAGUAUUUGCAUUUCCAUUCUGUGGGCUAUUCUCAGGCCCUUGACUGAAGAAACAUUUUUUCAUGCAUCCCAUAUUACACGGUCAUUUUAAAAAUGUACAACAGUAACAAUCAAAGACAUUAUGCUCACAUUUCAGUUACACAGUAUUCUUGAAAUGUCAUAGCUCAAUAUCAUAUAAUUUAUUUAAUCACCACUUUUGUGUUCUUCAAUUGUAUAUAACUUUUGAUGUAUGAUAUAUUGUGUCUCUUUAUACUGUAUGUUUGGAAUAAAAUUCUUGCUUUAUAACAA